AUGGGUCUCCAAACACAGAAUGCCAUGGCACCCGGCCUUGACUCCAGACCAACUGUAGAGGACUUUCGCGACGAUAGUCCUUGGGUGCGGUUGGCCAAAACACAUUGGCUCGAUGCUGCGAAUGUCCGCAAGGUGAAACAUGAUGUGAUCAAGAAGGAUAUUUGGGAUCCUCUGGAGACCGAGAGCUUUAGCUUCCGCUCACUUCUUAUUUUGGAGAAUCUGAAUAUACUUGAAAAGUUUCUCUGGCCGACAUACACCGAAGACGCCUCAAACUAUCAUGUCUUGCUCUUAGCAUUGAUUGUGAGCGUUAAGCAGAGAGAGCAUUUGCCAAUAUGGGAAAUCUUCUCAGACCGUUCCGAUGAUUUCUCCAACCUCUUCCACCGGAUCCUUUCGAUGAGCAUUGAUCAAUCGCUCCCUACCUUUUCCCGCCUGUCGAUAUUGUCGUUUAUGAUUAGCGCUUUUCAAUCGCUUGAGAACACUCUGAUUCGGAAGGAAUGCGCUCCCCUUGUUUCCAUAUCCAUCUGGCAUAACCUCCAUAGUGAUGAGGCAAGAGAGCGCGUUCUCGCGAAUGCACCAAAUCUCAGAAAAGCAUGGAGGGCUGCUCUGAAACGCUACGACGCUGGGGACGAAGCGACCAAGGCAAAAAUGAGGUUUGAGCGUUCUUGGCUCUAUACCAUGCUCCUGGAUUUCCUGCGGAGAUUGAACGGUGCCGAGAAAGAUCAGGCAGAUAACCUGCGAUACUGCGAGCGAUUUCUCGAAUUCCUUGUCGAUCUGGAGAGUCAGCUGCCGACGAGGCGAUAUGUCAACACUCUGCUAAAGGACCUGCACCUCCUGCCCCUGAUGCGUCUAUCUCGAUUGUAUCGUUCAGCAGACAAUGCCCUUUUCCGCGACUUUCAUAAUCUCCUCAAACACUUUACUGGAUUUGCGAUAAAUGAUUACACAGGAGAGACACUGUCAACUCAGGCAAUGUACGAUGCGCACUGCCAUGAUCUGGCACGACUACAGAGAACCUCAAUGAAACACUUCAAGGACAAACUGACAAUCCUAGCUUUGUCAAACUAUGGUUCCAUUGAGCAGCGUUCGGAACUCGAAGGACAAUUAAAAGCUUUGGAUGACUCUGAGCUUCAGGAUCUAUGCGCGCACCUAGGAUUUCGUACAAGUUAUCCCAAACAAGCGAAUGUCGCAGCUGAUCGACAUCUCUACAUGGAGGUGCUUCUGUCCUACCAUGAACGGACAACUUCGUUCCAAGAAGCCACUUCUAAUCUUGACGUCGUCCCUACAGAAGAAAGUCUGUACGAUCCAUCAUUACUCCGCAAUGAGACAUAUGAUGGGUCUAGGCCACUCGCCAUCCCGAAGCUCAACCUUCAGUAUCUCAGUCUGGGUGACUUCCUUUGGCGCUCCUUUCUAUUAUAUCGCGCAGAAGCUUUUUUCCAGAUUCGCAAGGAUAUGGAGCUAAUUGUCAAGCGAAUGCAACCCCGAUCAAGUCAAGAUGGGCGAACUUUGACGUUUGACGGGUUUUCUCGUAUGGCCAUUCCAAUCCCAAAACCUGCCAUUAUUGAAGUUGCGCCACCUAAAGUUGGAUCCACAAAACCCGCUUUUGUACGGGCUGAGAUUACCAUUGAGGUAGGCAGGUUGGCCGACCACGUCCGCACAGAGUGGGAUUCACUUCGUCCUGAUGAUGUUGUGUUCCUUCUUGCCGUACAACCUGGUAACCAGGGUAAAUAUGGAUUCAGAGAUGUUGAAGCGCCCCAGACACCAGGUAUCGUACACGUCAGAUCCGCGGACAUUGUGCAGGUCCUUGAUGAAAACGGACGCCCGCUACGUGAACCAGCAUCGGGCCAAACAAAUGGGUAUCGAUCUCGUCCUCGCGUUCGAAGAUUACUGGUCAACUUGGACUCUGCUGCCUUCAAAGCGGAUAAGGAUCGUACUUCACAGGGGAAGCCCGACAUUUACCCACUCAUCAAUGUGGUCGCAAGAAGAAAGGCAAGAGAGAAUAACUUCAAGUCAAUCCUUGAAACCAUGCAGAGACUCAUUGCGUCGGACAUCACCUUGCCACAAUGGAUUCAGGAUAUUUUCCUAGGUUAUGGAGAUCCUGCUGGGGCUUGCUACACGGAAUUACCUAACCGUCUCAAAUCAGUGGACUUCAGAGACACGUUUCUGGACUGGCAGCAUCUAAUUGAGAGUUUCCCAGGCCUGACAAUUGAGCCUUCGGGUGACGCUACCUCAAGCUUUCAGCCACCAUACGUUCUUGAGUACGUCGAAGAAUCUGCACAGCCAUCUACCUCAAGCGCGCCAAAAAAGCGACGGAGGGACCAGCAUGCCGAAGAACGAGGAGGGCCCAAGUCUCUCCGCGUCUCAACGUACAAGCCACCGAACCCAGGCCCGUACCCGGUAGAUGCCCCAAGGCUCAAUGCAGUCCGUUUCACACCGGCUCAGAUUCAAGCGAUUGCAUCCGGAACGCAGCCCGGUCUCACAGUCAUCGUCGGGCCUCCUGGAACCGGAAAGACUGAUGUGGCAACUCAAAUCAUCAACAACAUCUACCACAAUUUCCCAACCGAACGCACACUACUUGUUGCGCAUAGCAAUCAAGCCCUGAAUCAACUUUUCCAGAAGAUUGUGGCCCUGGAUAUCGAUGAACGCCAUUUAUUGCGACUCGGCCAUGGUGAGGAAGAAUUAGAUACCGAGACCAGCUAUAGUAAGUAUGGCCGCGUGGAAUCGUUCCUGGAUAAUCGAAACCACUUCCUCGCGGAGGUCACACGCUUGGCGGCAUCAAUCGGAGCACAAGGCGCACAUGGAAAUUCUUGCGAGACAGCUGGCUACUUUCAUACAGUCUACAUUAGACCUGCCUGGACGAAAUUCUGGGAACUUGCCCGUUCUGAGAACACAUCAACAGAGGAGAUCAUCGCGGCUUUCCCGUUCCAUGAAUAUUUCUCUAACGCACCUGCGCCUGUUUUCGAUCCUUCUGCCUCUAAGGAGACAGUGGUCGACGUGGCAGAAGGCUGCCAGCGUCACAUCGACAGGAUUUUCUCUGAGCUAGAAGAUAUCCGCCCGUUUGAGAUCUUGCGUCAGCCCAAGGACAAGGCCAACUAUCUGCUUGUCAAGGAGGCCAGAAUCAUUGCAAUGACAAGUACACAUGCAGCUAUGCGCCGCCAAGAGAUUGCCGACCUUGGAUUCCAUUAUGAUAAUAUUGUCAUGGAGGAGGCUGCGCAGAUCACUGAGGUCGAAAGCUUUAUUCCAACAGCUCUGCAGAAUAUGAAGGAAGGUCAACUCCCUCUGAAACGUAUUGUUCUAUGCGGAGACCACCUUCAGAAUUCUCCUAUUAUACAAAACCUAGCCUUCCGACAAUAUGCCCAUUUUGAGCAAAGUCUCUUCCUUCGUCUUAUCCGGCUAGGCGUCCCAGCUAUCACGCUCGACCAGCAAGGACGUGCUAGACCAAGUAUUGCAGAGCUUUUCCGGUGGCGCUAUCAGAACCUUGGAAACCUGCCUAUUGUCGAACAAGCGCCAGAAUUCAAGCAGGCCAAUGCUGGUUUCCAGUUUGAGUACCAAUUCAUCAACGUGCCAGACUACCAGGGCACAGGGGAACGUGAGCCAACUCCUCAUUUCGUCCAGAAUCUUGGUGAAGCAGAGUAUGCUGUUGCCAUAUUCCAGUAUAUGCGACUUCUCGGUUACCCUGCAUCGAAGAUCUCGAUCCUCGCCACAUACGCAGGUCAAACGGCACUAAUCAAGGAUGUCUUAAACCACCGGUGCUCCAAGAACACCCUCUUCGGCAUGCCUAAGAUCGUCACGACAGUAGACAGAUAUCAAGGCGAGCAAAACGACUACAUUAUCCUCUCCCUUACACGCACUCGCACAGUUGGAUACCUCCGUGACGUACGCCGUCUUACCGUAGCGCUUUCCCGUGCCCGUCUUGGUCUAUAUAUUCUCGGCCGCCGCGAGGUUUUCGAGUCCUGUUACGAACUAAAGCCCGCAUUCGAUUUGCUAUUACAACGUCCAGACAAACUCAUGCUCGCUCCUGGGGAGAUGUACCCAGCUACCAGGACGUUAGACGACGAGGUCAAGGGCACCCCUAUGGAAGGCGUAGAGCAUCUCGGCCAGUAUGUUUUCGAGAUGACCCAAGCCAAGAUCAAGGCUCUUGGGGGGGAAGGUGCCAUUGUUGAUGAGACGAUGCCAGAUGAGGAGGGAGAUCUUAUCGAGGAUGGAGACGAAGAAAUGCUUGGGGGCGGUGAAGAAGGAGAUGAAGAUCCGUUGCAUGAACAUGUAUACGCCUGAUUACGGAAUAAGAUCAUGGUAUCAAGCUUAGGGAGUUAUGAAAACUGGGGGUUUAACUUGGAUAUAUGUUCAAUCACAGCGAAUUGCAAUGU